GUGAUGGCCAUAGGAGGACAGAGGGCCAGUCCGUGAGCUCUGGCCCCAGCUCGACCUGUCCCUGCUUCCCUUUGAGCUGAUGAGAUCGGAGCCAUUGAACUUGAUCUCUCGGCUCUGGGGACUUAGAGAAUCCUCCUGCCUCCUCUUCAGCUUGAAUCUUUCCAAAUGCUGAUGGGGACUUGAAGACUUCAGCUACGCGACUGACGACUACGACGCAGAGGGGCAUGAGGAGCAGAAGGGGCCCCCCGAGGGCUCAGAGACCAUGCCAUACAUCGACGAGUCACCCACCAUGUCGCCCCAGCUCAGCGCCCGCAGCCAGGGUGGUGGGGACAGCAUCUCCCCCACCCCACCCGAGGGGCUGGCACAUGGGGUGGAGGCAGGGAAAGGUCUGGAGAUGAGGAAGCUGGUCCUCUCAGGCUUCCUGGCCAGUGAAGAGAUUUAUAUCAAUCAGCUGGAAGCCCUCUUGCUGCCCAUGAAACCUCUAAAGGCCACAGCCACCACCUCCCAGCCCGUGCUCACAAUCCAGCAGAUUGAGACCAUCUUCUACAAGAUCCAGGACAUCUAUGAGAUCCACAAGGAGUUCUACGACAACCUCUGCCCCAAGGUGCAGCAGUGGGACAGUCAAGUCACCAUGGGCCACCUCUUCCAGAAGCUGGCCAGCCAGCUUGGUGUAUACAAAGCAUUCGUGGAUAACUAUAAAGUCGCUCUGGAGACAGCUGAGAAAUGCAGUCAGUCCAACAACCAAUUCCAGAAGAUCUCAGAGGAACUCAAAGUGAAGGGGCCCAAGGACUCCAAGGACAGCCACACGUCAGUCACCAUGGAAGCUCUGCUUUACAAGCCCAUCGACCGGGUCACUCGGAGCACCCUGGUUCUACACGACCUGCUGAAGCACACACCCGUGGACCACCCAGAUUACCCACUGCUACAGGAUGCCCUUCGCAUCUCCCAGAACUUCCUGUCCAGCAUCAAUGAGGACAUUGACCCACGUCGGACAGCAGUCACGACCCCCAAGGGGGAGACUCGGCAGCUGGUGAAGGACGGCUUCCUGGUGGAAAUGUCAGAGAGCUCCCGGAAGCUGCGGCAUGUCUUCCUCUUCACAGAUGUCCUACUGUGCGCCAAGCUGAAGAAGACCUCCGCCGGGAAGCACCAGCAGUAUGACUGUAAGUGGUACAUCCCCCUGGCCGACUUAGUGUUUCCAUCCCCUGAGGAGUCUGAAGCCAGCCCCCAGGUGCACCUCUUCCCAGACCAUGAGCUGGAGGACAUGAAAAUGAAGAUCUCUGCCCUCAAGAGUGAAAUCCAGAAGGAGAAAGCCAACAAAGGGCAGAGCCGGGCCAUUGAGCGCCUCAAAAAGAAGAUGUUUGAGAAUGAGUUUUUGCUGCUACUCAAUUCCCCCACAAUCCCAUUUCGGAUCCACAAUCGGAAUGGAAAGAGCUACCUGUUCUUAUUGUCCUCGGACUAUGAGAGGUCAGAGUGGAGAGAAGCAAUUCAGAAACUACAGAAGAAGGAUCUCCAGGCCUUUGUUCUGAGCUCAGUGGAGCUCCAGGUGCUCACGGGGUCCUGUUUCAAGCUUAGGACUGUACACAACAUUCCUGUCACCAGCAAUAAAGAUGACGACGAAUCUCCAGGACUCUAUGGCUUCCUCCAUGUCAUCGUCCACUCGGCCAAGGGGUUUAAACAAUCAGCCAACCUGUACUGUACCCUGGAGGUGGAUUCCUUUGGCUAUUUUGUCAGCAAAGCCAAAACCAGGGUGUUUCGGGACACAACGGAGCCCAAGUGGGAUGAGGAAUUUGAGAUUGAGCUGGAAGGCUCUCAGUCCCUGAGGAUCCUGUGCUAUGAGAAGUGCUAUGACAAGACCAAGGUCAACAAGGACAACAAUGAGAUCGUGGACAAGAUCAUGGGCAAAGGGCAGAUCCAGUUGGAUCCACAGACUGUAGAAACCAAGAACUGGCACACUGAUGUGAUCGAGAUGAACGGGAUCAAAGUGGAAUUCUCCAUGAAAUUCACCAGCCGGGACAUGAGCUUGAAGAGGACUCCAUCCAAAAAGCAGACGGGUGUCUUUGGGGUGAAGAUCAGCGUGGUGACUAAGCGAGAGCGCUCCAAGGUGCCCUACAUUGUGCGGCAGUGUGUGGAAGAGGUGGAGAAGAGAGGCAUUGAGGAGGUCGGCAUCUACCGGAUAUCAGGGGUAGCCACAGACAUCCAGGCGUUGAAAGCCGUCUUUGAUGCCAAUAACAAGGACAUCCUGCUGAUGCUGAGCGACAUGGACAUCAAUGCCAUCGCUGGCACCCUCAAGCUAUACUUCCGGGAACUGCCAGAGCCCCUCCUUACAGACCGACUUUACCCAGCCUUCAUGGAGGGCAUCGCCCUGUCAGACCCUGCUGCCAAGGAAAACUGCAUGAUGCACCUGCUCCGCUCCCUGCCCGACCCCAACCUCAUCACCUUCCUCUUCCUGCUGGAACACUUGAAAAGGGUUGCUGAGAAGGAACCCAUCAACAAAAUGUCACUUCACAACCUGGCCACUGUGUUUGGCCCCACGUUACUGAGACCCUCAGAAGUGGAGAGCAAAGCACAUCUCACAUCAGCUGCAGACAUCUGGUCCCAUGAUGUCAUGGCACAGGUCCAGGUCCUCCUCUACUACCUGCAGCACCCCCCCAUUUCCUUCGCAGAACUGAAGCGGAACACACUGUACUUCUCCACAGACGUGUAGCCUGAGGCCAGGACGGCUGGGGGUGGGGGUGGUGGUCAGAGCUAGCCCCUCCAGCCACAUCCAAUACAGACUUGAAAGACUGCAACAGAAAUUCCCCAGCCCAGCACUCCAGACUCCAUGGGAAGCCAACUUCCAAAAACUGGAAUCUGUGCAUCUUUUGUGCCACCUUGUACAAAGCCAGCUGACCAGCCCCCAGCCUCACCACCACACCCCAGCUCCUGCCCUCUGUACCUCUAGUUGUGUCUGAUGCUCCGUGCUAUUUGGGAAUUGUUUUAUGUAUAUUUGUCAUGCAGAAAAGGUAGUGACCAACCUGGUAUGGGGCACACAGACAGCCUGCUUUAUUCUUUCAUUUUCCCCAAAGCUUUCUUUCUUCCUGAGUCCAGUCUAAGGGCUUUUAUUUGGCGCUAUGUAAUUGCUGCCAGUUUUUCCUCUCUUGGCCCAGAUUGUAGCCUCCCCUCAGUGUUCUCCACCCUCUCCUCCUUCCCAGCCUGCCACAUGCAUGUGCAGCCGCGGUUUUUGCUCCAUCACCUGGAAAGUUCUGCAGAGGUCCAGGCGGUAGCAGCAGUGGUGGCCUGUCAUCUGCUCUACACUGCCCUCGGCCUCUCCCCGCCCUCUACCUAUGGAAGCACACCUGCUUUGCCUUGCUGCCUGUGCAAAUGUUGGACAAGGAGACAGACUCACACUAAUCCUCAGCUUAGCACAAGCUGGAGAGCUGAUUUCUGGAAUUUUCCAUUUGAGAAUCUCCAUUUCUGGGGUUUGUCUGUUCUGUCUCCUGCCUACCAGUGAGGCAUCUUUGACUGUUUCUUCUUCUGCUGAAUUUUCAGUUCCUUUUCCCCUGGUGUUCUGUUUCCUUUGAGUGUGAAGACCCACAAGUGACCUGCUAUCAAGAGAGCCAGAGGGUCAGAAAAGCAUCUGGGGAAGGGGGCAGUCGGCUAUACCACGCGGCACUGGCAGCCUGAGUCAUGGGGAAGCAGCUCUUAGCAGGAAGGAGUUGCACAGGCUUUCCUAGUGGGCCGGGCUUCCUGGAGGGUGACUACUGUGGCUAAAGUAGGUGUCCAGAAGCAAGCAGGCUCUGUCCUGGAGGCUUCCUGGCACCUUACAUACCUCGUGGUACUUUUGCCUUAGAUUUUUCACUCUCUCCACAGCCAAGCACUGCCACGGGGCAGCCCCCACUGCCACGUGUGCUCCAGGGCCUGGGAACGGAAGGCACAAUCCACCAACUGACAUGGUGCUGCCCCAGCCCAUUGCCACCUUGUGGGUGAACUCUGGGAACCUGCAGAAGUUGAGGGAGGAUGAGGAAUCACAGGCAUCUAUCUGCCUCUUUAGGGGCUGGGUUUUGCUGGGCCUUCAUUGUUAACACUGCUGCAGUGUAGGAGAUCAGCAGGUGCCAAUCCCAGCCUUGAAACCCACUUCUCAGUACUAGAAAGGAGCAAGAUUUACUCCCAAAGCACCAUUUCCCUUCUGAGCAGCAGUUGUCCACCCAUGGCAAUUAGCUUGAGAGGACAGACAUACCACUGGGUCAUGAGGCCUAGCACAGCUCCCUGGCUCUUCUGUGUGGCAGAGAGUCAAUUCCUGGGUGCAGGACUAGGGGAGAGCAGCUCCCAUUGCUUGUACUCAGGGCUAAGUCUAAAGAGGGGUUAGCUGGCCCCAAAGCUGUGGUGUUUGCUCGGCAAUAGAAGGGCCCUUUCUGAUCCUGUUUAUACCUGUUGCAUUCAGCAGAAUGUUAUACUCUAUGUACGCUGGAGGAAAGAAAUGCUUGAGACUAAAAUGCUCUCCACCUAGCUCCCAGGUAUCAGCUUAGCAAGGAGCCCCAUUUCCUGGGACAAUAGGUGAAGAAUGCCAUUGAGUGGUAAAAUCCCAGUGUCUGACCAUUCCUGAAGGCUCUGGUCAGGUGUUGGUGGUAUCAGGGAAGGUUCUCGCUUCCAAAGGAUUGACAGUAACAAGCUAGAGGCCCAACUAGAGCUAGGUAUAGCCUCAGAUGGGUACCUCCUGCCUCCCAGAAUGAGAAGUGUUUGCUUCUUAGCACUAGGUAGCUAUUGUAGCCCCUACCUUGCUUAGGCAGUAUGAUAAGAGAACAGCUGGAAAGGCUGAGAAAUACAGCAGGCCCGUACUAUUUAUAAAUCCCACCCCAAGUGGGAGGCUUGGGUGCCAUACCUGGACUUUAAGCUGCACCAUGGAAAUAGCUGGUGGGUUCUCCUGAAAGACAGGGACUCUGUAGCCCAGUACUCCCAGUCACUGUGUGCAACAGGGCAGCCUGUGCCAACUGGAGAGGCUACAGGAAUCCCCGGCAUGCUUGUCCUUACUGGGCAAUGGCUGCAAGCUGCCGGCUUUUGCUGAUGGAGGUAGGAUGAGACCCUUCAUUAAUAUUCGACUUUAAUAAGUUGGUAAGGAUAUAUUUUUUUUGUCUCUGUUCUGUUUCAACUUAUGUAGAUUAUUAUAAAUUGAUGUAAACGAUGUGAAAGGAAAAUGUUAAUAAAAAAAAAAUGCAAAGCCCCAACAUUUGCACAAAACAACCUUGUGGUAUAGAUGUUUGUAAUCUCAGUAGUUCAGAAAAGACCACCAAUCUAAAUAUUUAAUUCCUCCAGCUGCAUCCACAUGUUUCCAAGAACCUGUUUACCUAGCUAACUGUCCCUGGGUCUUCCCUUUGGCCUUUGGUGACUGGGGCAAAGUGAGCCCGAGCUCUCUCCUUCCUCUUUCCAGAGGUCUUCAGAUGAACUACUGCCAGGCUGCUGCUGGUCUCACUGUCUGAGUUUGCUGCUGCAGUUCUCAAAGUAUCUCAGCAGACCUAGCCAUUAAUGUUCCUUGGAGAGUUGGAAAGAAGUUGUCUCUUAAUUUUCUGUAAACUUCUCUCUACACUUUCCUUGGAAGUGGCAUAUCUCUGGGCAGCCUUUUGGUCUGUUUGUCCGGGAAGGAAGCCGCAUCUCCCGAAGGACCCACCUUCCUUUUGGGAUUGCCAGUGGGGUUAAUAAGGGCUACCUCUAGCCUAAGCCAUUGGACAUUGUAUUUAUUCUGGAGAUUGGAAACAGAUGUCUCUGAAAAUUGCUGUUUGGUUUAUGAGCUCAUACUAACUCCCUGGCCAUCUAAAACAGGAAGCUAUUCAUCUCUCUCGAUUGAAUAGUUAGUGCAGACAAGACUUAAGCAUUCUUGGUUUAUUGAACUGAUGGCUACUGACAGCCUCUAGGGUCAUCUUUUGCCAAAGCAGUUGUUAGGGCAGCAUUUUUUAUAUUCCAUCCCAUGUACAAGCCUGGCUGGAAGAAUGUCUGCCUGCCCUUCCCUCAAGGUGGUUUUAGGUAUGAAGUAUUUAGGGACAGGAUCAGAAGCAUUCCUAAAUCUGGGACAGACACCAUGUAGAAUUUACCAUAGAAGGAUAUAGGUCCUAUGUGCUAGCUCACACUCAUGACAAGGAAACAGCAGGCACAGCCAGAGGAAGGUGUUACCAGCUGGGUUUGACAACUCACUAAUACAAAUAUAUACACACAGGAUGGCUGGAUGCUAAAGCUGAGUCUUGGAAUUCUGGUUAAGAGUGGGUGAAUUGAAAAACAGAAAAGCUAAGAAAGCAAAAAAGUGGAAGUUACUUUACAGUAAAAAAGAAACAGUAUCACUAACUGAAGGGAGCCAGGAUAAUGUGGCCUCCACCAAGCCUACUGUCUGCCCCCCGCCCAAAAGUAAACCCCAUGGUGUGAGCAACA